UUUGCCAUCAUGAACGUGACAGUGACAGAUGUAUGGAGCCCCAGAGCAGACAAGUCGAGCGAUGGCAGGGUCAACUGGUCACAGGUGUUGCUCGCCCCACAAGUCGACUAUUCCAGGAAAGCCAGGAAAUUAUGGCCUCUAGAUCCACAGUGUUCUUGGGUGGAGGUUCGGUUCGGGCUUAGACUGAAGAAGACCUGGCUGUUGUCCUUCCCUCGCUCGGGAAACUCGUGGACUCGCUACCUGCUGGAGGCUGCUACAGGGUUCUUCACCUCCUCCAUUUAUAAUUCUACACACCUCAAGUACUUAGGUUACCUGGGUGAGGCAGAGCCGCCCUUGAGAGGAACAACACUGGUCAUCAAGACUCACUCGGUUGGUCCUCUCGCCCACUUCCCUCAGUUUCCCGUCAUCGCCCUCGUCAGGAGCCCCGCCAGAGCCAUCAUCUCCUACUGGAACUACAUGAGCGUGGAGGAAGCGUGGAGAAGGUUCAAGGGCUCCGUCAGCAGGUCCUCCUACAGGACUGCAGCCUUUCAUAAAUUCGUCCGUGAAAAGCUGGAGAACUGGAAGUCCAUUUAUGUGACGGUCCUAAGGAACACCAGCCGCCUCCAUCUGGUGUAUUACGAACACCUGCGUGAGGAUCCCUUGAAGGAGCUAAGAGCUAUCCUGGCCUUCCUGGGAGUGAGGACCUCAGAGGCUCGUCUGGCCUGUCUGGCCAGGCACCUCGACGGAGUAGCCAAGGGCGGCCAGCGGGAGGUCUACCCGUAUACUGCCUGGGAGAGGGCUAUGUUCCAGCGUGCCUUGGCUCAGCUCGAUGUCCUCUUCAGACUUCGAGGCUUUCCUCCACUCCCUGAUUACCGUCGUUACAAGAGCUGAUGUCUCAUGUGAUGACGGGAUAGGGUCGCGGCUGAAAUCUGUCUUCGCGGGAUCCAAUAAGAAAUAAUUAAAGAUUAACUUCCAUUAGUAUAUACCUCUUUCUGUUAAUAUAAAACAACACUUAAUAUUGCCGGCAAACAUUUUGUAAUUAUAAAAAUAAAUAAUUGUAUAUA